AUGAAGCUUUUGGGAUUCGGCGUGUAUCAAAACUACGAUACGAAGAACUCUUGCCUUGAGGCACUUGCUGCUGGCUACCGCCAUAUCGACAGUGCCCAAGCGUACCGCAACGAGGCCCAUGUUGGCGAAGCCAUUCGCGAGGCUGGCAUCCCCAGAGAGCAGGUUUUUGUCACGACCAAGGUCAUCUGCAAACAUCAAGGUUACGAGGAAACAUUGAGUGGUGUCGACGAGUCUCUGAAUAAGUUUGGAUUUGACUAUAUCGAUCUCUUUCUCAUUCAUGACCCGCUUGCUGGACCAGAGAAACGGAUGGCGACUUGGAAAGCACUCCUUGAGUCCAGAGACAAAGGUAAACUCAGGGAUAUCGGAGUAUCAAACUACGGCAUCAGACACCUAGAAGAGAUCAAGUCGUCCGGGCUGGGGCUUCCAGCUGUGAACCAGAUAGAGAUUCACCCUUACUGCCAACAACGGCCGAUCGUUAAGUGGUGCGAGGACCAUAACAUUGUCGUUCAAGCGUAUUGCCCGAUCAUACGUGGUAAGAUGGACGAUCCCGUCAUCCAUGGCAACCGCGAUCCAGCCCAGAUACUCAUCCGAUGGUCUCUUCAACACGGAUAUGUCCCCCUUCCUAAAUCCUCCACACCCGCGCGCAUCCGGUCAAACACGAAUGUGUACGACUUCUCCCUCGAUGAAGAAGACAUGCAGCGGCUUGAUUCACUCGACAAGGGAGACGGUGGGGCUAUCUCUUGGAACCCAAUUCAUGCUGCCUGA